UUUUUUUAUUGCUGUCUGUCUCAGCAGAGUUGAUUCUGUUGAUGAGAUUUAAUGUGAUGGUGUGUGAUGACCUGUGCAGGAGGUCUGAGUCAGGACCAGAGGCUGGAGGCGAUGUCAAAACUGAAGCAGUACCAAUGCAGGGUGCUCAUCUCCACUGACCUGACUUCCAGAGGAAUAGAUGCAGAGAAGGUCAACCUGGUGAUAAACCUGGACGUACCUCAGGACUGGGAAACCUACAUGCACAGAAUCGGGCGUGCAGGACGCUUCGGCACUCAAGGUCUGGCUGUGACCUACUGUUGCCAUGGUGAGGAGGAGAACAAGAUGAUGGCCAUUGCUCAAAAGUGCGGCCUGAGUUUGUCCGUAUUACCAUCCACCAUAGAGCCCGGGUUGAUGGAUGAGCCGUGUGACUGGGAUGUCUGCACUGACGCUUCCACUCCAGGCUCCUUAUCCCAGCUCGUCUCCAAGACGGAGAAGAAGAGGCGUGUCAAGGCUGACGUGCCUGCUCCUGCUGCCGCUGCCGCCGCCACCGUCGCCUCCAUCCCAGAUCAACCUGUCAGGCAAAGUGCACCAACAAAGCCGGAGAAGAGCCAACCACCAACCAGGAGGGGAGCACGUGGUGAAGUGACUACGAGGAAAGUGUCUCCUGUGAGUCCACCUCAGGAGGUGCAGACUCGAAAACAGCUGCAAGACGCUCUCCCCAAGAUCCCUCCGCUCAGCUCGUUCAAGAGUUGCAGGUCUAGGUUUAUGACCUUUGAGGAAGCUGAGCAGGAUUUCUGGAGCUUCAUUAAUACAGGGUUGGGGAGAUCAGUGGAGGUCAUCAGGGAGUUCAGAGGUCGAGAUGUGGACGGCGGCGAUGAUCAGAAUGGGCACAGAGAGUCCUUCAUGCUCAAUGAUGACGGAACUCAAAGUUUAACACAAAAAAGAGAAAGCUGGAAAUCCAACCAUUCACCUCCAAGGUCGGUUUCCAGUUCUUCAAGCUCACAGUCGGACAUGGAGGAGAACCAGCAGGAGGACGAGACGGUGGGAGGUUCGAAUCACGCCGGAGGAGUUGAACACAGAGCAGUGACGCAACCUCACACUGAUGCUGGAAACACACCAACUGUGCCCAAAUCAAAACCAAGGCCCAGCGUUUAUACCUCUCCACCAAAAACAUAUCAGCAGAGGACCUUUGAAUCAAAUGAGAAAACUUUGUGUGACUCUGUACCAAGCGUCAGAUCCAACAGGGAGGACAAUCAGGCCGCUCGCUCACAGACUGGCAGACAUGCAUCAAGAAAGGUGAAAGAAGAGUUUGAGAAACAGAGCAAAAGGCCUUCUGAAAAGAUGAAUAGAGAGCGAAAGAGGGAGAGGUAUGAAGAUGAUGAAGAAGAAGAAGAAGAAGAGGAGGAGGAAGAGAAGGAGGAAUCGAGUGCUGAAAUUUACUGGAGAACCUGCUACAAAGCUUGGAAUGAUUACUACGCCUGCAUGUCUCCUUGUCCAGCACAGGGAUACCAAAGCUACUACAGUGCAGCUCACAACUGGAUGGCAGCAUAUCGCAUGAACGCUGCCUACAUGGAAGAACUCUUCAAACAGUGACUUGUCUUUAACUGUUAAUAAGGAUUUCUAAUGAUGAUGUUCUCUUGUGUGAACUAAGCCAGACUCCAAUGAUGUUGUGUCUGUGUGUAUGUAAGUUCUGCUGCAGGACUUGCAUAGUCAUUUUUGUGCACUUCUGGUGUAACACAUUGCACUUACUUCUUCUCCAUCGAGCACGUUGUGUUGUAAUCGGUGUCUGAACCUACUUCCAUCAAACCUUGUGGAGGCGUGGCCCUGGGAUGAAACCUCAAAACUUUGGUGUGAAUUAAGUGGAUGAAGAAUUAUUGCGGCAUUCCUCACUUUUUUAGUUUCAUUUUAUUUUUUAAGUUGGAGGAUUGUUGGGCCUUGAUGCUUUGGUCAGUGUCAUUCUUGGUUUGCAUAUUUUUCUUCACAUUAAUACCGUGUACAGCACAUCACAAUUCUGUCACUAAUAAAUGACUGGCACGGAA